CCUGGACAUGCUGCAGCCUCGAGCACCAAAGAAACCCGGACAACUCGUAGGGAGGAAAAGUUGAACAUCAGACCAAACCUUUGGGUUCGCGGCACCUGGGUGAUCCCUGCCGGCAGUGGUCGUCAGCCCCCCUGCUCCGAGUCAUUCGCGCGCCUGUUUGCCGUUGACGUUGGUCCCAGCGGCCCCAGAAAAGCAAUUAGUUUGCUUCGUCAACAUGGGGCUAUGGUGAACUCUAUUGUAGUGCUCCGUAGGGGGGACUCCUCAACUCCGUAAGGUGGUUGUGAACAGUGUUGGCCGCGAGGGGGUCGUACGACGUCGAAGUUAUUUAAGCAAACCGAGCCGUCACCCCAAUCUCCGAAUACUGUUGGUUUGCUAGCUUAGCCUCGAGGUGAACAACUUUUCCAACUUUACUACAUUCUUUUGCAUCUAGUUCGUUUCUACUAUUCACAACAGCAACAUGUCAUUCGCUCAACUCUCGCUCGCGGCCAUGUUGGCCGUGGGCGCUUCCGCCGCGCCUUACUCUGCGCGCAACGUCAACACCUCUGGCGUUGUCGCAUCCACCUAUUUCGCGGGUUACCACGCGAACCGCGGAUUCCCCGUCUCCGACAUGCCGUGGGACAAGUACACCGACGCAAAGUACGCCUUCGCCGAGACCGCCGCAGACGGUAGCCUGAACCUCACAAAGUCGGCUCCCGACCAGCUUCCCGUCUUUGUCGCGGCCGCCAAGGAGCACAAUGUCAAGGCCCUCGUCUCCAUCGGAGGCUGGACCGGCAGCCGCUACUUCAGCACCGCCUUCGGCAGCGCAGAGAACAGAACCGCCUUCGUAAAGACCUGCCUCGACUUUGUCGAAAAGUACAACCUCGACGGUCUCGAUUUCGACUGGGAGUACCCCAACCGCCAGGGCCUCGGCUGCAACACAAUCGCAAAGGACGACACGGCAAACUUUGCCUCCUUCCUCACCGAGCUCCGCCAGAAGCAGACCAAGCAGCUCUACCUCACUGCCGCCACCAGCCUGAACCCCUGGAACAACGCCCUCGACGUCGCCAGCACCAACGGCACCCUCUCCUCCUUCGCCAGCUCCCUCGACUACCUCAUGGUCAUGGGCUACGACAUCUACGGCGCCUGGGCUGCUACCGGAGGUCCCAACGCGCCCCUCGCCAUGACGUGCGACGCGCGCAACAACCAGGGCGGUAUCAAGGAGGGUGUUGAGAAGUGGAUUGGCGCCGGUAUCCCCGCCAACAAGCUCGUUCUCGCCGUUGGUGCCUACGGCCACGGGUUCUCCGUCAACUCUACCAACGCUUUUGCCUCCCCUGGUGUCUUGAACGCCUACCCCGUCCAGAACAGCACCAACCGAUUCCAGGGCAGCAGCUGGGACGACGACCCAUCAAUCGACGAGUGCGGUGCCGCUUCUCCUCCUAGUGGAACCUACACCUUCUGGAGCAUGAUCAAGGAGGGCAAGUUCCUCGACGAGACGGGCAAGCCUCGCGACAGCAUUGCUACUGGAUACGACAACUGCAGUCAGACUCCCUUCCUCUACAACGAGACUGCUCAAGUCUGGGUUUCCUACGACAAUGUCCAGUCCCUGACCGCCAAGGGCAACUACGUCACAUCCAACAAGCUGGCUGGCUUCGCCAUGUGGGAGGCUGGUGGUGACUACAACAACAUCCUCAUCAACGCCAUCCGCGCUGCUGUUGGCUUGUAAGGGGCUGGUAGCAGUCAAGCGUGCAUUGGUUAGAUAAAAGGUCUCAGCGACAAGUUGUAAUAGCAUCAUCUAUGGAUU